AUGUUUGCUAGCAAGACCCGUUCACGUAUUAUGCAUCUCAAAGAAAGACUCUCCAGACUCAACAAAGGAGCAAGUCCUGUCUCUGAGUAUCUCAACAAUGUCAAAGCAAUUGCAGAUGAAUUGGCUAUCAUCAACUCCCCUCUGGAUGACAUUCAUCUGGUCAUUCACACACUCAAUGGUCUCGAAACUGAAUAUCGUGAGAUAACGACUGCUAUUCGUACUCGCGAAAAUCCAAUCAGCUUUGACAACCUUCAUGAUCUACUCACAGAUUUUGAAACCUAUCUCAAAAGAGAUGAAAUCAAUAAUGAUAGUUCAUCUCUCGAGUCCAUUGCCACUGCCAAUGCUGCUUUCAAAGGCAAACAACCAUAUCAGAAACGAGGCAACUCUUAUGGUGGUUCUUAUCCCAACAAUGGUGGAUCCACAUCCUCUGGUCAAUCUCGCAAAGUCAUCUGUCAAUACUGUGACAAAACAGGACACUCAGCAAAGAUCUGCUACAAACUUCAUGGUUACCCGAGGCGCACUAACAGCUCCGCUGCACAUCAUGCACGCACGCACUAA